CACAUUGCAGUCGUCUUUAUUCUGAUGCUCGACAUCGUUGAAAGCUUCUAAUUCACACUACUGCUCGUGUCGCCCGGGACCCUUGCGCUCUAUCCUUGUCGGGUAUCUCUGAAAAUUGAUAUGAAUGUAACGUGUAGAAAUUCUGUCCCUUUUGUUGGUGCCAAACUUUGCACAUUUCUGAAGACCGUUCUUUGAAGUACACCUACCAUUGUCGUUGCACGAGAGAAAGUUGUUUCAAUUCUCGUUCUCGCGGUCCCACUCUCCGCCUGAAGACCGUUUCUGUCAAAGCAGACUUAUAGAGCUUUUCGCCCAGGCCUCGAGCUAUCUGGGCGGAAUUGUGGAUGCGGUACCGGUGGCUGACAUGGCGAAGCGUUGCCAAUGUACAAACCAGGCAGCGUCGAAGUGUUGCCGAAGCGUAAUGCAGAAGGCGUUCUCCUCCCUGGUAUCUCUGUGUGUUGUGCUGGUGAUGCUGCAAGAAGCUCGCGCCACUACUGGACAAUGUAUACUCGUCCCAGGCACGGUUAACUGCAACGGCCUGGGUUUGAGGGCAGUGCCAAACGUCACCAAUAUUACGACGAAACAUUACAAUUUCCUUGUAUCUCAAUGGGAGAUGAAAAACAACCUUAUUCAAAUUAUCAAUCAGGAGAGUUUUAGCCAUCCAUCAUACAGUUCAAUUUUGAAUCUAGAUUUGAGCCAUAACCGAAUUCGCUAUAUACCAUCCAACACAUUUAGUGGAUUUAAUUCUCUUUAUACUCUGAAUUUGAAGCACAACGCAAUUCGCCAGAUACGUUCUGAUGCAUUCGCUGGAACAACACUUACUGAUACUGUGAUACUCAGCUACAAUAGGAUAUUUCGUCUGGGACCAGGAGUUGUAUCUUCAGAUAAAUUUCGGCAAUUAUAUCUGAAACACAACUCGCUGGAGUUUUUCGAUCCAAAAGUGUUUUCAAAUGUACCAAAAUACCAAUUAUUAUAUUUGGCGGGUAACCCCAAGCCUCAACAAGAUCAACUUCAACUGUUCUGCACUCUGUUAGAUUCUGGGACAUCACGCCACGCAUCACUCCACGUUUAUCCGCCUCUCCCUCUUCAAACGGGAAACUGCUCUGCAUCUUGCUCUACAAAAAGCACAAUGUGUCCAAGAGGCAAUACCUGCAAUGGAACAUUAAGGGAUUACAGAUGCGUCCCUCCAGCAGGAGGUCCAUUCUCUUGCUCUCUCAAAGGACAUGCUUUUCUUAAUCCUUUUCCAUGGAUGUUGGCGUUCACAUACGUGGACGCAAUGGAUGCUUGUUUGGAGUUUGAUGCCGAACUACCCUUGCCACAUUUUGCAGAGUGUGUGCGAUCCUUCCAUUCACAUAUCGGGGAACAGCGAGCAGCAUGGAUGCGGACUCCUGCUGGCUCACUUCCUCGAGCAAGUGAUGGGAAAACCCAUUCGGAUUGGGAUGAGCUGGCUGUUGUCUGCCUCAAACGAGAAUGCCCUCUCUUUCCGGUUUCAAAGGGCAUCGUAUCAUACGCCAAUGGUAGACGCUUGGGCUCUGUAGCCACAAUUCGCUGUGAAACUGGUGCGAUUUCUGCAUCUUUGUUUUCCACGUGUGUGGAGCAGGACAAUGUUGGCCUUUUCUGGAACAGCUCUUUAUAUUGCGCGUCAGGUUGUCCACGGAUUAAUAUUACCGGUGGUACAGUGACUUACAACGAUGAAACUCGCUUCGGCUCUGUGGCACAUUUCGACUGUGGCAAAACGAUGAGCCUGGCAGGCCCAGCCAAGUCUGCAGUGUGCGUCGGAGAUCCGUCAGCGGCUGACUUUGCUAAGUGGAAUGCCACUAACAGGUGCAUAGGUUGUCCACGGAUUAAUAUUACUGGUGGCACAGUGACAUACAGCGAUGAAACUCGCAUUGACUCAGUGGCGCAUUUCGCAUGUGGAGCAAAGCUGAUGUUAUCAGUUCCAGCAGCGUCUGCAGUGUGCGUCGCAGAUCCGUCGGUGGCUGACUUUGCUAAGUGGAAUGACACUAACAAGUGCAUAGACUUGGAUGAAUGCCUUAGCAACAAGACGCACAGCUGCAGCGCAGACAGUGCCUGCUUCAAGACUGCCGGCUCCUACGAGUGCUGCCCUCUAGGCCAGAGCUGGCAGGCCACAUCUUGUUCUGCAAUCAAAGACUACUGCCCAGAGGCGCAACAAUUAAAUGGUCAAGUGACAGGCACGAGUCGAAGCAGAGGCGGCACUGUUCAGGUAACCUGCAAUAAGGGAUUCUUCUCAGCUUCCAGUGGAUCGACACUCGCAUGCGAAGCAUUUGAAAAGAGCGCUGGGAAGUGGAAUGGCUCAGUGACAUGUGUAGGUGAACAUAAAUGCAGCGAUGUCUCGCUGAAGGUCUUCAGGACGAGCACUCGAGGCGACGUGACAUUUGACGCAGCCAAGGCUGAGUGCCGUAAACACUUUGCCCAGCUUCCAACGACCGACUACUCGCCCUGUUUGGCCAGCUACCAGGCGGCGGCGCAGGACAAACGGCCCAUGUGGAUCGGUGACGCUCAUCCGCAGUACACUGGCUCCACCCCAUCGCUUUCAGAUGGCUCUACACCGACCGGUUUUCACCCGUUUGUGUGCAUGGCUACUUACCAGUAUCUCUGUUCUAGCUCAGCCACAAAGUUCCUAACACCGAGAACACCACAGUCGUUUGCCAACUACACUCAGGCGGAACAGACAUGUGCCGAGAUGGGAGCUCAUCUACCAGAUGAAACCGAGCAUUUGUGCGUGGUCGAUUUUCUUCUUGAAAAUAAGGACACUCGAGGGGCUUGGCUUCGAGACAUGCCUAUGUUGGGUCAAGCAUUGGCUGUGAAUGGCAAUCAUAUGGUGGCCACAGUACAGGCAGAUGACAGUCGGUCUGUGAUCUGUGAAACAUUGGUUCCAUCGGACUAUUGCCCUUAUCUCUACGUUACCCACGGUAACACAUCAUACCCCACAGGAAGGUGGUUCGGUGCCAAGGCAACUAUAGACUGCGAAGAAGGAUAUGUACUGUCAUCGAACAGUUCGGUCGUUUGUGUGAACAGCAGCGAGUCCGCCGGAAAUUGGGCCCAUGUCCCUCAAUGUGAGAAAAACCUGACCUACUGUCCACUGUUCGGCAACAUAACAAACGGCCAAAUUGUGUACUCGAAGGAUCGUGCCAUGGAGUCGCUUGCCAUGGCUCAGUGUCAUGGUGGGUAUGUUGCAAUGCCCGGACCUACACUUGUGUGUCAGACACUGGCAAAGGGUGUGGGCGCGUGGGACGCCACCGCUACGUGCAUACGUAAAUCAAACUACUGCCCAGUGCCAAUCAUCCAGAAUGGCCUGUUCACACUGGCAAAGCAACGAUAUGUCUUUGAUGUCGGCACGGUGUCCUGUAACCAAGGCUACGUUGUCGAUACCAGCAUAGUCUCAGUGUGUAUUGUACACACACAGGCAUCAGGGUAUUGGCAAAAUUUGCCUCGAUGUAUUGUCAUUCCAAACUACUGCCCAGAGUUGCGGCCAGGUUCAGGAGUGUUCACUAGUACCAACCGAAGCAUCAACGGCAUCGGUAACGUGAAGUGCUUCCGUCGAUUCUUUGCCCCUCGCGGAAACACUCUCAAGUGUCUCGUACUUAAUGACACAGUGGGUAAAUGGAAUGCCUCUGGAAGCUGCAUCGACGAAUACUUGUGCGCUGGAACCCUGUUCAAGAUGGUGUUGCCGUGGGAGCACGGGGCCAAGGCCUACGACGCAGCCGCUGCGCAGUGCUCCAUGCUUGGUGGCCAGCUCCCGACCAAGGCCAACAGGGAUUGUGCUCUUCGUUUCUUGGCAUUCUUUCCUGCGUGGGGUGCAUCGUGGCUCCGUGGUACACAGGUUUACUUGUCUGUGUAUACCAGGGCUGAUCUGACGAACAACCAAUGGCUGCGGACUAGUGAGAAGGCUGACAUUGUGUGCCAAGUCAAAUUUGCAUACACAUGCGGAAAGACGAGCUCAAAGCUAAUCACACCACGUGCCCUCCAAUCAGUGGACACCUAUGCCAUGGCCGAGUCAUUGUGCGAUGCUAUAAGCGCCCACUUGCCAGACAAGAAUGAAGUGUCAUGCGUCAACAACUUUCUAAAAGAAAAUGCUGAUACUGAGCAAGUGUGGCUCAGGGAUACGUCACAUGCUGACAAGGCCUUCGUCACAAGCACUGCAGGAUUACCGUUCACUCUGCCGACCAAUUUGCGCAACAGGAUUGUCUGCGAAGAGCUGGACCCGCUCAAGAUCGACUACUGCCCAUGGCUGUACCUCGACAAUGGCAGAGUGGUCUACUCUCGUGGACGCAUCAGGGGCGCACUGGCACAGAUCUCGUGCUACGAGGGGUUCUCCCUUGUGGGCCCGGCUUCGAUUCAGUGCUUGAAGAGCACCAACUUCAACGGUGUAUGGAGUAAUCGUCCCGUUUGCCCAGUCAAUCAAGGCUACUGUCCACUGCAUGGCACGGUAGCAAACGGCCUCAUUUCCUACUCGCCCACCAUGCACCGAGCCAUGAACUCCGUGGCCACCCUGAGCUGCGAGGACGGCUACCAGGCCAGGCAUGGACUGAAGCUGGCUUGCGUUACGCUGCGGAAGAACGUUGGAAUGUGGAACGUGACUGCAGCCUGCGACAAAAUUCCCAAGUACUGCACGCCGUUCAGCGUUAUCGACGGGACCCUAGCACCCACGGUGGCAACGGAAGUUGACGACGUGCUGCGUCUUCAGUGCCACCUAGGGUUUGCGAGAGCAGGUGAUGAGAAAGUCUCCUGUUUGACCUUGAACCAGGCGAUUGGCCGUUGGAGUGGAACGCCCGUGUGUAACGUGAUAUCUCCGUACUGCCCUGCGCUGACAUCGCCUAAUGGCCAGUUCACUGCCAACGGAGGUGGGCGCAUCGGCGAGCGAGAAACGCUGCUGUGUGAUGCGGCGUAUAAGCCCUCUACCGCCGACGCCACGUACCAAUGCGGGCCCGGAACUGCUGCAGCUGGAAAGUGGAGUGGCUCGGCGCUUUGUACCAAAAUCACGGGUUAUUGCUCGAGUGUUGCUGUACUGCACGGAUCACUGGCGUAUACCGGACAGAGACGGAUCGGCGACACCUUGCAGCUCACCUGCAAUGAAGGAUACAUACCUGCCCACGGGGUGGUCAUGUUUCACUGCAAGCGUGACACGGCCAACACAGGAGUCUGGAAUGCUACAGCGCGAUGCAUCGUUGAUACAGGCUAUUGCAGUCGCCAUGGUGACGUACAGCACGGCCAGGUGCACUACCACAACAGCAGCGCUCGGCACCGCGGCUCGGCGGCCAACUUGACCUGUCGCCACGGUUACGUGGCGCGUGACGGCUCCGUGCUGUGGUGCAUCACGCAGGGCCCAGGCCAAGGACAGUGGAAUGCAACUGCGCACUGUGAGAAGAUCAGCGAGUACUGCCCAGUUCUGAGUGUUGCCUACGCCACCCUGAAUGACAGCACCAUUCAGAGCCUGGACGCUGUAGUCACGGUGACGUGUCACCAUGGCUACGUGGCAAUGAACGGCAUGGCGGUCAAAUGCAUUGUGCGUGACACUGCCUCUGGACGUUGGAACGUAACUGUGAAAUGCGAAAAGAGGGAUGGCUAUUGUCCCAAGCUUUCAGUGCCCAGUGGCUCACUGGUGUUGAGUGGUGCAAGGCGCAUCAAUGACACUGCCCAACUGGUGUGUGUCGAGGGAUACGUUCCUGCAGGCGGGCACACUAGUUUCACGUGCUUGCAGGAUGCUGUCAGUGUGGGAAACUGGAAUGGUCGGCCUAACUGUGUGGAAAACACCACCUACUGUCGAGAGCAUGGCCCUAUUGCGCACGGACGAGUGAAGUACACGAGUGCUAGGACGCUGGGCAGCGCAGCACAGGUCCAGUGCGAUCUCGGAUACCAGCCGCUCACGACAACGCUCACCUGCCUCGUCCUGGUGCCGGGCGCAGGACAGUGGGACAAGGCUGCUCAGUGCGAACGCAUUCCAUCAUACUGCGCUUUGCCAACAAUCGACAAUGGCCAUGUCAUCGACUCCACUCAGGUGCUGAUUGGAGAUGUUCUGGUGUUCAACUGUAGCCAUGGUUAUGUGAGCCUCAACGGCACAAGGGCGCUAUGUGAGCCCUCGAAUGCUACCGCCGGCGAAUGGAACGUGUCGACAGCGUGCGAAGCCAUACCAAGCUACUGUCCUCCUCUGGCCGUUACAAACGGAGUGCUCAAUUUCAAGCAGGACAAUUUCACGCAGAGCAAUUUCACGCAGAGCAAUUUCACGCAGAGCAAUUUCACGCAGAACAAUUUCACGCAGAGCAAUUUCACACAGAGCAAUUUCACGCGGAACAAUUUCUCGCAGAGCAAUUUCACGCAGAGCAAUUUCACGCGGAGCAAUUUCACGCAGAGCAAUUUCACGCGGAACAAUUUCACGCAGAGCAAUUUCACGCGGAACAAUUUCACGCAGAGCAAUUUCACACAGAGCAAUUUCACGCGGAGCAAUUUCACGCAGAGCAAUUUCACACGGAACAAUUUCACGCAGAGCAAUUUCACGCAGAGCAAUUUCACGCAGAGCAAUUUCACACAGAGCAAUUUCACGCGGAGCAAUUUCACGCGGAGCAAUUUCACACGGAGCAAUUUCACGCGGAGCGAUUUCACGCGAAACAAUUUCACGCAGAGCAAUUUCACGCAGAGUAAUUUCACGCAGAGCAAUUUCACGCAGAGCAAUUUCAUGCAGAGCAAUUUCCCGCAGAGUAAUUUCCCGCAGAGUAUCGGUUCCAACGCUUCUCUGGCAUGUGAACCAGGCUACGUGGGUCCAGACGGCAAGACAGAGUUCUUGUGCGAAGCGUCCAAUGCAACAAUGGGCGCAUGGAGUGCGGAGCCAUCGUGCAAGUUGUUCCUGGGCUACUGUCCUGAAGUCAACCUCACUCACGGCGUCGUGGUGUAUGAACCGGGCCGUACGCUAGGAUCCGUUGCAUGGCUCACUUGCUUCGAGGGCUACAGGACAGUGAGCGGCUCCAGCUUCCUCUGCUUAACGUCGAGUCAGUCAACGGGCAACUGGAACGGUAGCAUUGAAUGCAGGCCGUAUUGCACUGCCGGGCAUGUGGAGCGAGGAGACUUGAAGUACGCGACUGGUGGUAACUCCGCCAACGGAUCCAAGGCUAUCCUCACCUGCCACGCUGGGUACAUGGCCCGGGACGACAGGACGGAGACCGACUGCGUGCCACUCGGCCGCUUUAAGUCUCACUGGUCAGGCGAUCUGGCGUGUAUACCCAUCCCUCGCUAUUGCACGCCCAUCAACACCGUCUUCGGCACAUACACAUACAGCACAAGCACUCUGCGUGUGGAGACGGUCGCCUCACUCUCAUGCAGACCAGGUUACUUGCCUGGCAACGUCACGCAGUUCCGUUGCCAGGUCAACAAGACCAGAGAAGGCUAUUGGACCGGUUCUGGAAAGUGUUCAGUGAAUGAAAACUAUUGCCAGGACCUGGAAACGCAGCAUGGCGCUAUACGCUACUCUUACAAGACCCGCCUGGGCUCCGUGGCAACAUUCAAAUGUCACCAUGGCUACGCGCAGGAGGCGAGUGUAACCUGCGAGUAUGUUACCCAGCAAGCCGGACGGUGGACCUCAGCCAUUGACUGUGAUCUGAAACCAGCCUACUGCAACAGCAGCUAUCGUGUCACCAACGGCUACUUUGAGUUCACAGAGGGAACCACUCUGCAUAGCGUAACCGAGCUGAAAUGCAUCGCGGGCUAUGCACUGUCAGACGAUAAUACUUAUAACUGCACGGCUGUGGAUGCACAGCAUGGCGCUUGGCAAGGAAACGGACAGUGUAAAUGGAUUGAGCCAGGAGAGCUGAACAUCGGUUUCAGCAUCGCAAUCCCCUCUGUGAUCGCUCUGUUGGCCAUUCAUGGACUAGUUCUGCUCAUCCACCGCUGUCUGCACCAGCCCACUGCUCUCCUGAAGGACCACCAGAAGGAGGGGUUUUCCCCAGCGGUGGGCGCGCCGGCUGGGGACGGUGCCAACCCGUCCACCGCGCCGCAGUCCGAAUGGGAGGAAUCGUACGCGGCUCCGGCCGUGGAUGGCCGUUCCCCUCACUUAGGUGCCCGGGCAAUUCACAACCACUCCCAGCAUCGCGCUGUUGGUCCAGAGCCUAGCGUCGACGAGAUGUAUUCAGACGAGCCGGUUAUCAGGCGCCACAGCAACCAACCAGCUCCACAGCAGUUCAGUCAGUCUAACCGUGCCGUUGGGCGCGUGGAGAGUGCCGAGGAAAUGUACACCGAUGAACUGCUGGGCCCCAUUGCACGCAACAGAGCAGGCUCGCAGCUUUCCGUGAGGUCACAUCAUAGUGCACGGUCGAUGGAAGUUGCUGAGGAGAUGUACUCUGAUGAACCGCUAGGUCCAAUUGCACGCAACAGGGCAGAUUCACGCCUGUCUGUCCGUUCGUUCCAUAGCGGCAGGUCAAUCGGUGGUCCUGAGGAAUUGUACUCGGAUGAACCGAUAGCUCACAACUUCCGCAAACGAGCAGAUUCACGGCUGUCUAUCCGUUCACACCAGAGUGGCAGGUCCGUAGGGGGCCCUGAGGAACUGUACUCCGAUGAACCAAUGGCUCACAACUUCCGCAACCGGACAGAUUCACGAAUAUCUAUCAAUUCGCACCGUAGUGGCAGGUCAGUCGGUGGCUCUGAGGAACUGUAUUCAGAUAGACCAAUAGCUCACAACUUCCGCCAGAGAGCAGAUUCACGAUUAUCUACCCAUUCACACCAUAGCCAGAGGUCAGUCGGUGGUCCCGAGGAACUAUACUCAGAUGGACCGAUUUCUCACAACUUCCGCCAGCGAGCAGAUUCGCGACUGUCUAUCCACUCUAACCAUAGCAUCAACACAGUGAACGGUGCGGAGGAAUUCUUGAACACGGGGGCACCGAUGGCUCAACACUUCCGAAACCGUUCAGAUUCGCGACUGUCUACCGGCUCACGCCACAGCAUAAUGACAGUGGACGGCGGUGCAGGAUCCUACACAAAUGCAGCAAUGGCUCGCCGGAUCCAAAACCAAGCAGAUUCAAGACAGCCCGCACCGAUGGCUCAACAUUUCCGAAACCGUUCAGAUUCGCGACUGUCUACCGGCUCACGCCACAGCAUAAUGACAGUGGACGGCGGUGCAGGAUCCUACACAAAUGCAGCAAUGGCUCGCCGGAUCCAAAACCAAGCAGAUUCAAGACAGCCCGCACCGAUGGCUCAACACUUCCGAAACCGUUCAGAUUCGCGACUGUCUACCGGCUCACGCCACAGCAUAAUGACAGUGGACGGCGGUGCAGGAUCCUACACAAAUGCAGCGAUGGCUCGCCGGAUCCGAAACCAAGCAGAUUCAAGACAGCCCGCCCCUCGAACCUAUACCAACUGGAACAUGUGUGGUGGUGGUGGUGAUGAGGAGACGCUGAACCAAGGCGGUCACCCUCGCCCUCCUAGUCCAUGCAUGUCCACUCAUUCCAUUAGAUCAAUGACAAUGGGGCAUGUGACGGAGAGCAGGCAUUCACAGCUGCCACCCAAUCAACGACCUCCCCACCAGUCACGGCCCCCGUCUCCCAGCCACUCACAUCACACUUUUGCUGGGUCAGUGGAUUGCAACGAAGGUGCGUACUCGGAGCUUCCGCUGAAUACGUACCCCAAUCGUCGCCCAUCAGGCUCACCGGCCGCCAAUCGUUCCCGCCAGCCUGUAGAAUGGUUUGAUGAUCCCAAGGACGCCUACUCGCAAGAACCAUUAACUGGACGGCCGCCUCACGCGCGCAAUCCCCCAGCAGCGGUGCCAAGCUUGACCAACUCGACUCACCGGGUCGUCGCCGAGGAAGACAGCCUCGAUCAAAUGUCCAAAUGGCCCGCAAAGUUCCGCAGCAGAGCGUCAACCGCACAAACGCCCAAGCCUGGCUUGGGCUGGGGCAGCAAAGUAAAGGAAGGAAAACGUCUUGGCCAACAAGAUUCGGACGGCUGGAGCUGAGCACUGACUUGUAGCUUAGUGGACGAGCAUCAGCUGCAAAAAAACUGGCUAGGGCAGCAAGAUCAAGGAAGGAAAACGUCUUGCUCAACAAGAUUCGGACGGCUGCAGCUGAGUACUGACUUGUAUAGUAGCUUCGUGGACAGAAGGAGAUCAGAACGAGGAAAACUGUGCACCGGUGCGCGCGUAGCUGUGUUGUCAGUGUUACAUGUGCACCUGCUGGGCUGGUUUAUUUGAUCACUUCGCCAGAAUGAACAGGCCUUGCUGCCUUCUUGCCUGGGUCAAGUGAAUUAGUCCAAGCCGCCACAGAACGACAAAGAACCUCUAUGCCAUGGCUGACCUGCCUCUCCGUCUUGUGUGGCAACUUCACAGGGAGAGCUUGUUGCCCAACAAGUCGCCGCUGCUGCAACCAGCAGCAUUGCCAUCGCCAAUGCAAGCAUGUGGAUAAUACUAAUAAUAUCUUUGGAUGUGUGUGUGUCACACACCCGCAAGCAUGUGAAUAAGACCUCAGGCUCGCUGUUCGACCUUGUGUGUAUUUCAAAAGUAUUUUGGUUUACUAGCAUAUAUAUAAUAGUGGUUGUUGGUACAUACCGGUAUGCCAGGUGCAUAUAUAAUAAUUAUAUUGAUCCCGGUGGCCAGGAGCAGACCCCAGCACACACAAGCAAUAUACUCUAUCUAGCAUGCACAUACGCAGUAGGUCCACAGCCAGCGUCAAUACAGCAAGGCUGCAAAAGCCACUGGAUGGGUGCAUGGCAUACGUAUGCACGCCUGGUGCUGAACGGUGUUCUAGCUGGAAUCCUAGUUUGAAUCCUGUACAAACUAAUCCCUCUUUGUCUCUGCUGCUCUCUCUCUGUAUUGCUUUCUCAGCCUCUAAUUUUCAAGCCUUUCUUUUCUCGCAUUCAUCGACACUAGGAGUAGUACAUUGAUGUGAUGAGCAGGCACAAGCGACAGCUAUUGAUUUUCGAAUUUAUCUUUCUCACAAGAGAUCUAUAUACAUCAUUCUAUAACAUUCUCUGAAAAAAUUUAAUCCAGCUAACUC